AUGAUUUCCAGAUGGACACUGGCUAUCGUGUUGGCCAGCGUGGUUUCACGUGAAGUUUGGAGCUCGCUGUGUUAUUCCAGGAACUGUUCAAUGACGAUAACACAUUCGACAACUGAGAAUUUUACCUGCACUGUGGGAUUUGAAAAUGAGUUUCAGAAUUUCAAGAAGCGAUAUGGGGUUCUUGAAAAAUACGACCAUCCAUCCAUGGGACUAAUCCAGGAAAGACCUAGUCUAAUAUUCCUUAGACUUCAUAAUUAUUCCAAGACACCUCAUCCAGAAAUAACCAAAUACAACAACAAGGAUCUGGAACUUGUCACACAUGGAUUAGAACUGAACAUACGGGUACCUGAGGGCAGGGAGAACAACCGUGCUCUCUAUCUGGAACUGAGCAGCAAAGAUGAAAAUGGCGAUAAAGAUGAAUUCUAUAACAGAUUUCCAAAGAAACGAAUAUUCAGUUUUUCCUCAACACAAUCAGUAAUUAUCAAGAAUCAUCUUUGUCUUCAAGAUAUCAAGCCAUGGCCUGUCUCUUACACAUUGCUCCUGACUUUAUAUCAAUCUCAUAUGAGACCUAUAUCUACAGAACAUUAUAUUUCUUUCACAAAGGACGACAUUGCAGUAGCUGUCUCAAAGUUUCCGAAGAAAAACGAUAUCCACAUCGUCUUUUACACACCUAAAUAUAUGUGUAAAAAAAAUGUUUUCUUGUGCAAUGACACUGAUUACAAAACAUGUGGGACAUAUAUCAAGAAAUAUCAAGGAAAGCUUGAAAUGAGGUCUGACACAAAUACAUUUUUUGACGUACUUCCAGGGAUAUACUAUAUCAAGAUAGAAAUUUCUUGCCCUUCUAUUGAUAUGGAGGACGGCUUUGUUUUUGUUCAGUGGCGAUCGCCCUUGAUAGAGGUGCCAGGAUCCACCGGAAAAGAUGGGCAGAUAAGCGCCGGUGACAAUCCAGAGACAAGCAACACCCCAUUUAUAAUCAUUGGAUGCUUAAUUGCUCUCAUACUCUUAAUAGUGAUGUAUAUUGCUGUGAAGAAAAACGUUUCCUCGAUGUUUAAACGGAGGAGGAAAAAAUCCCAGGCUGAAGAGAUUAAUCUGUUCAACCAGUCAUCUGAUCGUCCCACACAAUCUAGAACAUCUUCACCUGAAAGUCUAUCAGAAACAAUGAACCAAGUCUCUGAGGAAAAUAUACACGUUAGCCUUAAUGAAAGAUUACAAUUAACAAACUAUGAUCCUGUUCCAAACAUCACUGACGAAAAUGAAGAUCUGAGAAGAGACUUUUGCAAAAUAAAUAGAUUAAGGAGAAAUGAAAGAAUUUGUCCUGUUCAUGGGCAUUAG